CCAUCUCACCAGCCAGCUACAGAGCCACAUGAUGCUCCAGAAGCAGAUGCCCAUCUGGGUCUCCCACUACCCACCAGACUCAUGCCAAGAGGACGGGGACAGGCCGGCGGCCACCUGUGCCUUGGAGGAGGGGCUGUCUCCAUGCCACCUGCUGACAGUGAGGGUCAUCCGCAUGAAGAACGUCCGACAGGCUGAUGUGGUGAGCCUGACAGACUGCUUCGUGAGCCUCUGGCUGCCCACCGCCAGUCAAAAGAGGCUGAGGACUAGGACCAUCUCCAACUGCCGAAACCCAGAAUGGAAUGAAACCUUCAGCUUCCAGAUCCAGAGCCAAGUGAAGAAUGUUCUAGAGCUGAGUGUCUGUGAUGAAGACACAGUGACACCUGAUGACCACCUCUUGACAGUUCUCUACGACCUCAGCAAGCUCUGCUUCCGAAAGAAAACCCAUGUGAAGUUCCCGCUCAACACAGAGGGCAUGGAGGAGCUGGAAGUGGAGUUCCUGCUAGAGGAGAGCCCCUCUCCACCUGAGAGCCUCAUCACGAACGGCGUGCUGGUGUCUCGACAAAUGUCCUGCCUGGAGGUUUGUGCAGAAUCCAGGAGGCCAAAGAAGUGGAAAAAGAAGGACCUCCUGGUGACAGUGACGGAGUCCUUCGAGCACACCCAGCGCAUCUCACCCAGCCUGGAGCCCUGCGGCUCAAACCCCGCCUACUUCCAGUACCCCAAGCACUUCCAGCCCGAGGUGCACGUGGAGUUGCCCAAGAGCCCGUGGAUCUGUGAGCUCUGCUGUUGUGCACGCCAGAAGGACCCUGUGUGCCAGUCGCUCCAUUGCCUCCCCGACGACGAGGCGGUGACCUUGCCUGUGAAUGAGAACUGUGAAUUACACAUGAAGUCUACACCCUGUUCCCAGGCACUGGACGUGCGGCUGGGCUUCAGCCUGUGCCAGGCAGAACUGGAGUUCCUGCAGAAACGGAGGGUGGUGGUGGCCCAGGCGCUGAAGGAGGUGCUGCAGCUGGAGGAGGAUCUGCGGGCAGAUGAGGUCCCGCUGAUAGCCAUCAUGGCCACUGGGGGUGGAACAAGAUCUAUGACCGCCAUGUAUGGCCACCUGCUGGCGCUGCAGAAGCUGAACAUCCUGAACUGUGCCAGCUAUAUCACCGGCCUAUCUGGGGCCACCUGGACCAUGGCCACCUUGUACCGUGACCCUGACUGGUCCUCCAAAAACCUGGAGCAUGCCAUCUUUGAGGCACGGAGGCACGCGGUCAAGGACAAGAUGCCUGCCCUGUUCCCAGACCAGCUCCUCAAAUUCCAGGAGGAGCUCCAGCAGCGCAGGCAGGAAGGCUACAAGGUCACUUUCACAGACUUCUGGGGCCUGCUGAUUGAGGCCUGUCUGGGGGAUGAGAGAAAUGAAUGUAAACUGUCAGAUCAGCGCGCUGCUUUGUGCCAGGGCCAGAACCCCCUGCCCAUCUACCUCACCAUCAAUGUCAAGGAUGAUGUAAGCAACCAGGAUUUCAGAGAGUGGUUCGAGUUCUCCCCCUACGAGGUGGGCAUGCAGAAGUAUGGAGCCUUCAUCCCCACAGAGCUCUUCGGCUCCGAGUUCUUCAUGGGGCGGCUGAUGAAGAGGAUCCCAGAGUCGCGGAUGUGCUACAUGCUAGGUUUGUGGAGUAGCAUCUUCUCUCUGAACCUGCUUGACGCCUGGAACCUAUCCCACACCUCGGAGGAGUUUUUUCACAAGUGGACAAGGGAUAGAGUGCAUGAUAUUGAAGAUGAGCCACUCCUGCCUGAAAUCCCCAAAUGUGAUGCCAACGUCCUGGACACCACAGUGGUGACGCCAGCAUCCUGGCUGUCCAACACUUUCCGCGACAUCCUCACCCACAGGGCCUUUGUCUCCAAGUUCCACAAUUUCCUGCUGGGGCUGCAGCUGCAUACCGACUACCUCCAGAACAGCCAGUUCUCCAUGUGGAAAGACACGGUGCUGGACGGCUUCCCAAACCAGCUGACAGCAUCUGUGAAACACUUGUGCCUGCUGGACACCGCAUUCUUUGUCAACUCCAGCUAUGCGCCCCUCCUCAGGCCGGAGAGAAAAGCUGACCUCAUCAUCCACCUUAACUACUGCGCUGGGUCCCAGACAAAGCCCAUGAAGCAAACCUGCGAGUACUGCACUGUGCAGAACAUCCCCUUCCUCAAAUACGAGCUGCAGCAGGAGGAGGAUAACCUCAAGGAGUGCUACCUGCUGGAGAACUCCCAGGAGCCUGACACCCCCAUCGUGACCUUUUUCCCACUCAUCUGUGACACCUUCCAAAAUUACAAGGCCCCAGGUGUGGAACGAAGCCCCGAGGAGCUGGAGCAGGGCCAGGUUGACAUCUACGGUCCCAAAACUCCCUACGCCACCAAGGAGCUGACAUACACUGAGGCCGCCUUCGACAAGCUGGUGAAGCUCUCCGAGUAUAACAUCCUGAAUAAUAAGGACAAGCUCCUUCAGGCCUUACGACUGGCGGUAGAGAGGAAACGCCAGAAGAGCCAGUGUCCCCCCUAAAGUCCCAGGGCACCUCACCGAUCCUGUGUCUGCUUCUAGCAUCAGAGGUGUAGAACCCGCCAGGGCUGACCAGCCACACAGCCGGCUCUGCUCUCCAGCAUGGCUGGCCUGGGCUUUCUAUCAAAAAAAUUAAAAAGGGAAGUUGAGAGAGACAGAGAUAAAGGAAAAUAAUAAAGGGAUGUAUGGGGGCCUUAUAUCCACUGGCAUUUUUAAAAACCUUCCCUGCAGGGAAGGGGUUCCAAAAGCCACAGGCGCCCACAUACACCUAAAGAAUGGAUGAUAAUAGCACGGCCUGACUUUAUAGAAGAGGCUGGCUCACCAGUAAUCUCGAACUCACAGCGGGAACUCCAAACCCUCCCCUCACUGCUCCACUCUGCUCGGGGAAUGCACCAGAGGACUUGAGAAGCAUUCUGCGUUCUCUGGAAAAAUGUUUUUUUUAAGUGAAGGCAAUUGUAUUCUUGUGAUAUUCAUAGACAAUUUUAUUUUGUGACAUUUUUAUGAAGCCUUGUAUUAAUAGGAAGUGUAAUGCUCGAAGAUCUAGAUGGAACACUAGAGACAUUCUGGUCUGUUCAGCAACAAACACAAAAAACUGAUGGGGUCUCAGCAGUCCCCCUGCAGCUACUCAGAGCCCCAGGACUGAUGAUUCACCCUGUGAUCCGGACUGGGCAGCCUUGCUGAGCAACCAGCUCCAGUGUUAUGCCAGGCUAAGUCCAUGUCUGUAGCUCAGGUCCCCCGAACAAGGGUCUGGGAUGCAGCUCAGCAAGGUCUGGGCAGGUACAUCAGGCAUCAGGUGAGUGUGGCCGCCACUCGCUGACCAGCCUGCUCCCUGAGCAUAUCCCCAUCCUCUUACCACCUCCUGUCUGGUUCCCAGAUAGGAUUAUUUAUUUCUGAGUUGCAUUCCUCUUAUUUAUUAUGUAAGCACCAUGGCCAGUGCA